AUGGCUGUGCGCGGCGCCAACACCUUGACGCCCUUCUCCAUCCAGGCGAUCCUCAACAAGAAAGAGGAGCGUGGCGGGCUGGCCCCACCGGAGGGGCGCGCGGCGCCCGGGGGCACAGCGGUGGUGGUGGCCGCGGCGCCCGCUGUCUGCUGCUGGCGGCUCUUUGGGGAUACAGACGCGGGCGCGCUGGGGGGCGCCGAGGACUCUCUGCUGGCGUCUCCUGCCGGGAGCAGAACAGCUGCGGGGCGGACUGCGGAGAGCCCUGGCGGCUGGGAUUCGGACUCCGCGCUCAGCGAGGAGAACGAGGGCAGGCGGCGCUGCGCCGACGCGCCGGGGGCCAGCGGGGCCAGCCGCGCCGGGGGAACCCUGGGCCUCGGCCAGCCAGUCUGCGAGAUGCGGGCCGCCAAGGACCUGGAGGAGGAAGCCGCGGGCCGGAGCGACAGCGAGAUGUCGGCCAGCGUCUCAGGUGACCACAGCCCGAGGGCCGAGGACGACGGUGUUGGCCCAGGAGUAGCACGCGUGCCCGAGCUCUGCAGCGGAGCAGGCGGCGGGGGAAGCGGCGCGCCGGCGGCCGGCGUGGAGGAGGAGGAGGAACCCGCGGCGCCCAAGCCGCGGAAGAAGCGCUCGAGGGCCGCCUUCUCCCACGCACAGGUGUUCGAGCUGGAGCGCCGUUUUAACCACCAGCGCUACCUGUCUGGGCCGGAGCGCGCCGACCUGGCCGCGUCGCUAAAGCUCACCGAGACGCAGGUGAAGAUCUGGUUCCAGAACCGUCGCUAUAAGACCAAGCGCCGGCAAAUGGCUGCCGACCUGCUGGCCUCCGCGCCCGCCGCCAAGAAGGUGGCCGUCAAGGUGCUGGUGCGCGACGACCAGAGACAGUACCUGCCCGGCGAGGUGCUGCGGCCACCCUCGCUUCUGCCCCUGCAGCCCUCUUACUACUACCCGUACUACUGCCUCCCCGGCUGGGCGCUCUCCACGUGCGCAGCCGCUGCGGGCACUCAGUAAACCCGCCCGGGGGAGGCAGCGAA